UCUCCAACCAGAAAACAUAGUUGACAGUGCACUUGUGACCUGUAACAUGCCGAUUGUCGUAGAUUUAGGCUUUCAGCUCAUGGACAGUCAGGAACCCUCACCAGAGACUAUUUCCGCAAUGAUCAUGUCCGUCAUCGAAGGGGCGUGUAGUCGCCUCGCACAUUUGAUUGACUGUGUAGAGCACUAUAUGCCUACGUCAACCAUUUUUCUCGACGUAUUUCUUCUUAAUAUGAUGGACAUGAACAGACUGAAUGCAAAUGAACCGGCCAUAGCCGACGGUUUCUGUACUCCUUCUAAAAAAUUAGGUUUUCAGAGUGCGAUAAACUGUAUGAUGCAACCAAACAAUUCGGCCUCUAUACAGAUGUGUUUGACUCCAGAACUUCAGACCGAAUUUGAAAUCUUCGAUAACGUUAGUGAGAUAAACGCCGUAGACGGGAUAGACAUCAGAAAUAGAUUCUGCAGCCCCGUCAAGUCCUUUGUAAACUGUAUCCUGGACAUAGUGGAAACGAAGUGCAACGAUACAACCGUCCAAACUAUGGUUGCCACGGGCCGAGACAUGCUACUGUCCAUUUUGCGAUCUGACUGUGGAGGGGUUACCGACCCACCAUUUGUAGUGGAGGAUGGCGCUAGAGGCCUCAGCGUACAUGCCUUCUUGUAUCUCCUAAUGGGUUUAGUAGCCGUUCUGGUAAGCCACCGGCUCUAGUGGGUUUCUUUUCUCAUAAGUCACCGGCUCUAGUGGGUUUCUUUUCUCGUCAGUCACCGGAUCUAGUGACUUUCUUUUCUCGUCAGCCACCGGAUAUAGUGACUUUCUUUUCUGGUUAGCCACCGGAUCUAGUGACUUUCUUUUCUGGUUAGCCACCGGAUCUAGUGACUUUCUUUUCUCGUCAGCCAUCGGAUCUAGUGACUUUCUUUUCUCGUCAACCAUCGGAUCUAGUGACUUUCUUUUCUGGUUAGCCACCGGACCUAGUGACUUUCUUUUCUCGUUAGCCACCGGAUCUAGUGACUUUUUUUCUCGUCAGCCACCGGAUAUAGUGACUUUCUUUUCUCGUUAGCCACCGGAUCUAGUGGGUUUCGUUUCUCAUUAGCCACCGGAUCUCGUGGGUUUCUUUUCUCAUUAGCCACCGGAUCUCGUGGGUUUCUUUUCUUGUUAGCCACCGCAUCUAGUGGCUUUCUUUUCUCGUUAGCCACUGGAUCUAGUGGCUUUCUUUUCUCGUCAGCCACCAGAUGUACU